GUAGUCAAGCAGUUAGUCAGUGGAGCGACGUAAAGUACGUCGCGCGUAUUAUCGUUGCUCGAAAAAGUUCCAAUUAAAAAAGUACGACACUCUUGGCCGAUUUUAAACGAAGCGGCGGGAAGAUUUGGCAUCUGUCAAAAUUCUCCGUGUAUAGACUAUGGUGUGAAAAUAUAUUUGUGUUGUGUCUGAGUUUAAAUACGUGACAUUGUUACAUAAAUAUUUUCGAAAUAAAAGCCUGAAUAACUCGGUCAUUUACUGAGGUUUCUGCGCAUACGCACAUCGCGUAACGUCAUAGAAGUCACAGAAGUCAGUUCGCGACCGACCGCCGGCGAAGGAGGACGCGUCGCCCGGUGGAAUUCUCAAUUUAAAUUGAUUAACAACUAAAUGGAACGGUUUUAGUGUGUGUGUGGUGCUGUGUGAUAUUGUGUUUAUUGAAGAUUUGUGGACAAUCAAAAUGCAGGGCCGUGACAAAUUAUGCGCUAAGCUCACGAGCGCGUUCCUCAGAAAGUGGUGGUUCGUGUUGGCGUCCGCAGUGGUGCUGCUCCUCCUCGGCGUCAUAUGCGCGAUAUUCUUCGGGACCUGGGUCCGGAUGUUCAUUGAUCAUGAGCUGGUGCUCCGCCCUGGCUCGAUGACGUUCGAGUGGUGGGCGCGACCGCCCGUGCGACCGUUCGUCCGCGUGUACGUCUACAACGUCACGAACGCCGACGAGUUCCUCAACAACGGCUCCAAGCCGGUACUGGACGAGCUGGGACCAUAUGUUUACUCCGAGGAGUGGGAGAAGGUGAACAUAACGGACAACGAGAACGGGACGCUGUCGUUCCACUACAAGCGCACGUACACCUUCAUGCCGGAGCUCAGCGCCGGGCCCGACGACGACUCAGUCGUCGUGCCUAAUAUACCCAUGUUGAGCGCAACCUCCCAAUCCAAAAACGCGGCACGAUUCCUCCGCCUCGCGAUGGCCUCCAUCAUGGACAUCCUCAAGAUCAAACCGUUCGUCGAGGUGUCGGUCGGACAACUGCUCUGGGGGUACGAGGACCCGCUCCUGAAACUGGCUAAGGAUGUCGUACCAAAGGAGCAGAAGUUGCCAUACGAGGAGUUCGGUCUCUUCUACGGGAAAAACGGCACCUCUCCCGAUGAGGUGACCAUGUUCAGCGGCGCAUCAGACAUCACCAAGUACGGUAUCUUCGAGCGGUACAACUACAGAGAGCGUCUUCCUCACUGGACCACCGACGAGUGCAACAGCAUCUCCGGCUCCGACGGUUCCAUCUUUCCUCCUCACAUCACUAGAAACGACAGUCUGGCGGUUUACGAUAAGGACCUCUGCAGACUUUUACCUCUCAGAUAUCUGAAGGACGUGGAAUCGGCGGCGGGGGUGCAGGGCUUCAGGUUCACUCCGCCCGAGGACGUGUUCGCUAACGACGAACACAACAAGUGCUUCUGCCCCGCGGGCCCGCCUUGCGCGCCCAACGGGCUCUUCAACGUGUCCCUGUGUCAAUACGAUUCCCCCAUAAUGCUCUCGUUCCCCCACUUCUACCUCGCCGACCCGCGCCUGCGAGACGCGGUGGAGGGCGUCUCCCCGCCGGACCCGGAGGCCCACCGCCUGUACAUCGACGUCCAGCCCGAGAUGGGCACGGCGCUGCGGGCGCGCGCGCGCAUCCAGAUCAACCUGGCCGUGUCGCAGGUCGUCGACAUCAAGCAGGUCGCCAACUUCCCCGACAUCGUGUUCCCCAUCCUGUGGUUCGAGGAGGGCAUCGACGAGCUGCCGGAGGCGGUGUCGUCCAUGCUGCGGCUGGCGACGGCGCUGCCGCCCGUGGCGCGCGCGGCGCUGGGCUGGGGGCUGUCGGCGCUCGGCCUGCUGCUCAUCCUGCUGGCCGUCACCUGCCUCAUACGGUCGUCCCACCGUCAGAGCACCCUGAGACUGGAAGGUCACGCGGUCGCCAAGCCGCCUCCGGCGAAGACCCCGAGCAAGGAGAAGGGAUACGAGUUAAACAACCGGAGAUAACGUGUAAGGAGCCGCACGUCGUACGCACUCGUGUGGAACUGUUUUGCCGACGCUACUUCUACCGUUUAGUAAAAACCUUCCACGGGUAAAUGGCGACACUUUAAAACUACAAAACAGUUACACACUACAUCGUAGCGUAAAAAAUAUAUAUUAAAAAGAUCUAUAUCAAAUUCUAUGUAUAAAAAUACUACCGUUAAUUGUGACACGUAAAGACUUCUUCUUAAAUAGGAUUCUAAAAUUGAAUGCGAUUGAAAAUCGGCGGGAAAAAUGACAUUUGUUUAAUUUUAGCAUUUUUACUCGUUAAGGAACCACCUUUUAACAUAAAUAUUAUUAGCUUUUUGUUUAAGUUAUCUUCCAACGAAUGUGAUAAUUCAAAUUUAAGAUUCGAACAAAUUAUUAAUUUUUUUUGUAGUUUUAAAAUUGACAUUCGGAAAAUAAUGACUGUAUUUUUAAUCUGUAAAUAUUUUUAUCUUCGAUCGGGCUUCGGGUUGCCAUUAUGAAAAAUCUCUUCGGUUUUAAGGCAGGUAACACAUGGACAUCCGGAGCGGAACGCGAAAUCUCACAUAGAGCGCUAAAUAAAAUAAAUCGAUCAUCGAGCCAUAGAUGGCAUUCGAUCUAUAAAAAAAUAACUUCAUUUGCAACGAACGUUCGGUUACUAUUCGAUAUCCAGGUUUUUUAUUUAGUAUCCGGCCAAAUACCGUAAGGUUUACGUUGAAAUUCAAUUAGAAAAAAAUUAUAUUAGUUUGUAGUUUAAUUCGCAAUUAAAAGCAUUAACAAAAUCCCACAAAGGCGCGGCCGCGCUCCGCGAGUACUCGUUGCAAAUGAUGUCGACACAGGCCGUCCGCCUGCCGAGCGGGCGCGGUCGGCUCCGAGCGUCGUUGUAAUACGUUAACGUACCGAUAGACUAGUCUGUGUCCGUCCUUAGGUUAAGGUAUACUUUAUUUUUUUUACCAUUUAACUUUUUUUUAUCUUAAACCUGUCAAGGUAUGGUGUUAAAAUAUUAUUAGUCAUAUUUAAAAUGAUUUUAUUCCAUCGUUAUAUGUUUUACAUCGCGACAUGUUAUUAAAUAACUGUAUAUUUGGAAUUGUUGAUAUGCUAUGAAAUCUUAAUGAGACAAAAAAACACUAUUUAUAUAUUUUUUCCAAUGUGUUAGACACCGCAACGACAUUCCAAAACAGCUUAGUUUUUGUUCGAUUAGUAAUGUUGUAUCUGGUAGUUAAGACGUUUUGCCCUUUGACUAUACACAUAUAAACUGACCUACGACGUGAACUUUAGUGAGAGAUAUUAAAGAAGUUGCAGUUUAUCACGUACGGACGCUUUGCUAACUUCAGACCCGCAAGCUUAAAAUGCGCGACCUAACGAAGUUCCGAUGUAAGAGCGGGCGCUACAAGUACUAUGUUGAUAAUGACCUUCGUGAAAUUACAAUUGAAAAUUCUCAAUUUAAUAGUUUCUUUUAGUCGUUCGUUAGUCAAAGGACGGAAAGAGAGGUAAUAUGAACUUCUAUUUUAUAAUUGUUUAUGGUAAGAUUUAUGGAUGCUUCCUCAAACAAUGCUGUGUGUUUUAGAUACACAUAUAAUUGAUCGAUUUUGAUAUUGAGCUUUUGUUCAGAUGAAUCUGGACUAUGAAGGAAACGGCUCACGCCUGGGGGCAUUGACUAUAAAAUAAAAUUAAAAAGAAAAACUAUUUGUAACGUAACAAGAAUUUUUUGAGCAUAUUGUGCAUUACAAAAAAGCUCUUUGCUAAUACUUUGAAACACGAAAAGGUUUCUUUUUUUGUAAUUAAAUUAACGAUAAUACUUUUACAUAAUUCCUUAAAAAAUAGUUCUUGGACGUUGCAAAUGUUAUUUUUUUUAAAUUUCAGAUUUUAGUUUAUUUAAUAAUAUUGUAUUUCAAUCACUUCUUAGUAUAUAUUUAACUCAUAUUUUAUUACAUUUGAGAUAUGUUGUGGAUUUAAGAUUUAUUGUGAAACAUAUUAUGUAAAAAGCGAAGUCUUGAAAAUUGUAAUUAAUGUUUUAAUGUAAGUAGUGGCAACACAGCGACGACAUGUCGAUUUUCUUACAAGUUUAUUUUCUCAUAAUCAUCAGUAACAUUUAAACAAUAAUAAUAACACAUUUUCGUCUCUAAGGAAUCGAAAUCAGAUCGGAACAGUUACAUUUUGUCUCAUUCUAUUGUAUAUCUCCGUCUCGCUCGCGCUAGUGUUGCCGCAUCACCUACAAUUUGCUCAAAUUCGGGACGAGAUGUUGACGCAUGUUUACUUUGUGAAUGUUAAAUUGUGCGUAAUGUAAAUAAACGAAUAAAGGUGUAAGUUAUAUUAAAA